CCCCGUACAUUACUGUAGUUAAUAUCAUUAGCCUUGUCAUACUAUGUAAACAUUCUACAAACACUCUUUGGACUCGACGUCAACUCUAGAUCUCCAUUUCUUUCGUGUGUUUUCGUUGCUUGUACUUAUUAUGGGACCUUGUUUUCCUCGCUUGCACUGCGUUUCGAUUCUUACUUGAUCAUGGCCCCGGCUCCCAUGACGCGACACCCGUGAGUUACUUCCCUUUCCACUUCGCACACGCGACUUACGAACUAUUAGUGAGAACCAAUCCGAAGAGGUGAUUGAUCUGACACAAGAAGACGACGACGAGAUUGAUAGUGGACCUUUCCUGCCGCCGUCGAAUCAUGGUUUGACAAUUCCUGGGACAUUUCCAGCGCCUUUCGCAAGGAAUCCUCAAACAUAUAUAAAUUCAUAUCAUGACAAUCACUUUGCGCCAAUCCUACCAGGAAACUCGCAAUCAAAACGAGCUGCGAUGCCUACCCAAAAUAGAUUCAAUUAUGCACCAAUAUUACCACGUGCUACUGUCGCGACUAGAGAAGUGGCACUAUUCCCUAAUACAUCUGCGUUGAAAAGACGAAGUCGGGAAGGAAACAAAGAUGCCAGUCCACGGCCUCACUGGAGGUCGCACUCUGCGGCCGAGAGUGCUUCGAAGAGAAGACGAACGUCGAGCGACAUGAUAGACGCCAGCUCUCCUCAGGAGCUACAGUCCAAAAUCGGCAGUGAAACCACAAAGCGGCGGACAAUGAGGAGAACGGAUGGACAGCAUUCCGCCCAGCAUUUGAAUGGACGAGCCCAAGAAAAUGAAGAAUCUAUGAACGAAGGCUCUCCUUUAGAGCUGCGUCCCACGAUCGAAGAUGGCCCGAAAACAAGACGGUCGACGAGAGGCUUGACGGAGCAGGAUUUUACCCAGCACCUUAGUGGACAUGCUCAGGAUAAUGAAGAAUUCGUAGCUUCUCGAGGAGGCUCGUUUUCAGCUACUCUACAUCCUAAACGAACCAGCUCGAGCCUUAGCGUGGUAUCAAACUCUCCAGCCAUCCAGUCUACCUCUCCUAUAUCAUCUCAAGACAAGGCUAGAAUCUUUUCCGAGAACAUCUAUAACCAAGUCUAUAUGCACAUGAAUACGGCGAUGGUUCGUCAUAAACAAACAAUAAAACCAUCGAAGCUCCAGGAGAUUGGUAGCUCGGUUGCUGGCGUACUAGUUGAGAGCCCUAUGUUCGAAAGCUUCAAUCGUUAUGAAGUCUCGCGCGAGGACGAGAUCAUGAUAUCACAGAAAGUCAGGCACUACGUAGACGAUUUUGUUGCAUACAGCCUAGCCCCAGCUACGUCUUUUGGCACCGAAGUUGCAGGCGCUCCUGGCCCUCGCAAGAAUAAACUAAAAACAAAGAAAACAAGCAGUAUUCCUCCAAGAAGAGGCACGCGAUCUCAAACUCAACAUAUUCAAGCAGAUGUUUUAAGUGUUUCCUCGACAGAUACUCAGUCCCCACGACAUGACGCCCCUCCUAAGGAGGGGGAAGAUGGUGAAUUCGAUGACUUACAGCACACUAGCGGCGAUGCUAUGCACGUUGACCCAGACCUGGAUCUAAUUGACAACACGUCUUCUCGUAGUACGACUGUUCUUGGCCAAACCAUACAUGGACAAUUGCGACCAUACAUCGACGCUAGAAGCCGAGAGAGAAUCCGCCGUGGUCUUUUAAGUGUCUCCGAUCGAGAACGGGAUAUGCUUCUCGGGCAUAUCUAUCACAUUGACUUUUGUGAGGAAGAGCUAUCGAUCGUCCGCCAGGUUCUGCAAACAAAAUCACAAAAAAAAGGAAAUCAAACUAUUAGACUUCUCAUGCAAAAGCAAAAGCUACAAGUGCCUGAACUGGUCUCGUUGGUGAUGUCACAUCGUGAGGCGCACUGUGAAGAUCUUAGUGAGGACCUUGUUCAUAGUCGUGGGCCAGAAUCAUUAACUGCUUUCCUCAAAGAUGCUGCUGCUGGUGAAAUAUCGGUGAGUGCUAGAACACUUAUGGUAGGCCCAAAACGCUCUCCGAGACAGUUUUCUGCACUUUUAAGACAACGUGAAAUGCAUGGUAUGGCCUCCGUUCGAUUAUGCGGUGGUCAGAGAUCAUACACACGAGAGAUCAACUCUGCGCUUGAGGACUCAUUACAACGAAAAGUCGAAUGGACAGAUUGUUGCGGUGACAUAUGGGCUAUCAGUUGGACAAAUGAUGAUGCCUUUGUAUGUGGUGCUACUGCACAUUCUGAUAACCAUAACAUGCAAUAUAACAAGCCCGGUAAUCUCGUCGCUGGUUCUGUCUCCAAGGAGUCUUUGGAUGCAGUACCAGAUCACCGGGUUGUACGUCCAAUUGUGAAUGCGAGUGAGAAUGCUGAGAAUGCUCUUGACUCUAUGAGGCAAACCCAAGAUCCUUGGCUUUAUACAUCCAUCUCAGCAAUUUCUCAUAGUCAAAAUAGCGGUCUCACUUUCACCGCAAGCUUUGAUAGGACGGUGAAGGUGUGGAGGGUGUCGCCGUCUGAUACUGGAUCUUCAAUGGAUAUUCUUGGGACCUGGCAACAUGAAGGAAAGGUCAACUUCGUGACAACCUCGGAGCAUCAUAGUCUUGUGGCUACAGCUUCUGAUGUUUAUAACAACGCCGUCCGUGUCUAUCGCCUUAAUGAAAGCAAUUUGGGUGGAUCAGCAUUUGAUACCUACAAUGGCGAGAAAGCCGCCGAACAAGCACAGGAAUUACGCAGUAGAGAUGUGUGGGCAUACUAUCCUGCGACCAUCCAAUGGGGAAAAGCAGAAAGUGUCUCACAUCUACUACUCGUUGGCUACUCGCCACGUUCAGUUAGCAAUGAUGAGGUUGACAUUCCUGAAGACAAGAGAAAUAGUGGAGAGUUGUGCUUGUGGAAUGCCCUCGAUGGGUCAAGGGUUCCUAUUGCGUCUGCGCGUAACCAAAAUGUGUUUGAAGUUGUUUGGCAUCCAAAUAAACCAGCUUUCGUUGCUGCUACAUCUCCUUGCGGUGUUUUCAAGAGCGAAGCAAAAACGCAAAUCAGGUUGUUUGCAGCAAGAACCGACAAUGAUAAUUACACCGCUUUUUAUCCAAUUAGAGUUCUUGAUUGCCCGGCGAUGGAUAUUAACGAAUUAACGAUUAUGUAAGUAAUCACCUCAAUUUUUUGAUUCCCCUGCUGAUGUAGUUCUAGGCCCAACAGCCUUCUCCAGUGCUAUGUAACCGCAAGCUGCACCGAUGGGAAUACUUAUGUCUGGGAUACUGGAGCCAUCGGUGAUGAACCGAUUCAUGUUCUUCCUCAUGGAGGUGAGACUUGCUACACCUUCGUAUAGUUUACCAUGCUAAUGAACAAAAGAAUCACUCGACAAUCUUUAUCAUGACCUUCCUCGUGAACUUGCAGACACUGGUGUUAAAUUUGCUGCUUGGGGAAAAACAUCUGACCGCUUUUAUACAGGUGCUUCUGAUGGUAAAGUCAAGGCAUGGGAUAUACAGAGACCGCGGGGAAAAGCACUCGUUCGUGAGAUGCUCGCUGCUUCUGGUGGAAUAGGCGCCGGAGCUUUCUCCUCAGACUUUUCUAAACUUAUUAUUGGUGAUGCAACGGGAAAGGUUCAUCUAUUAACACGAAGUGAGGAUGAUCCCGAACUAGAGGAUUCAGACUUGGAAGAGUCUGAGAAUCCAUCAGGAAUCCAACCUAAAAAGCAAAAUCGUGGUGUUUCACAUCUCAGAGGACCUCGGUUGAUCAAGCACCAUCCAGAGCCUGCCCCACCGGACGACCACAGUAUACAAGAUUUCGACACCGGCGUUGAGAUCUCCAACCACUUUGUUCUACAAAACUAUAUAACUAUAAAUCCAGACCCGGCUAUUGGUGCAGUCCAGGGUCCAAACUAUCAUGAGUUUGGUCUCUAUCGUUUUGAAGCCCAUAUAGAUGAAGAUGGUACGAAAGCCUUGGUACCUCAUUUUCAGGCUCGGCAGCAGCAUGAAAUACAUAUUAACAUGACAACUGAUCCCCUUCCAAUUCUUCCUACACUUACGCAAAGUUCAGAUCUUGUCGCUCAUAUGCGUAAUCUGUCUCUGACCUUUGGAUUUAAUGAGCUAGAGCCCGAAACCCGAAGGCAAUUAUUGAUGGACGGGGCACAACUUGAACCGGAUGAUGACUUCGAGUAUGAGAUGAGUCCCAGGGUACAUAUAUUUAAAAAUAAGCGGCAUAAAAACGGCCGGUCAGAUGGAUAGAAGAUACCUACUUAAUAUUGCACAAUAGUUAUAGCGUUUCUGAGACCGUGUAGAAUUUUAUGAGCGGAGCCGUCGCUAGGGCGAGCAUGUGUGCAACACAAUAAGGGAGCCUAUGGUGAGGAUACUCAAUAGUUGUAUGUGAUAUGUUUACAGUGAAUAUCACUAUUUAGACCAUUGGAAAUAUGUAUAAUGAUAAUGAAGCGGUUAGAACGUUGCUAUGGAUGUAGCAUGGUGGGCACUUCAGAAUAGGACAAAAACUUUCAUU